AGGCGCGAGCUGUGUCCCCGCGGCCGUGGGCUGAGGGAAGGCGGAGGGGCGAAGAUGGCGGUGGCGACGUCGGGAAAAAGGACUCCUAGCCAGCUGGCUGCCGCCGGCAGCAGCAAGCAGGCCCUGAAGACACUUAAGGCGCGCUCCCGCUUCGUCGAGGGUUCCAUCGUCAGGAUCUUCAUGGAGAACUUUCUAACAUAUGAUGUCUGUGAAGUACGUCCAGGACCCAAUCUGAACAUGAUUGUAGGUGCAAAUGGAACAGGAAAGUCAAGCAUUGUUUGUGCCAUCUGCCUGGGACUGGCUGGAAAACCUUCGUUCAUAGGGCGAGCUGAUAAGGUUGGUCUCUUUGUAAAGCAGGGGUGCUUGAAAGGUGUAGUAGAAAUUGAACUGUCUAAGAUACCUGACAAUAUCAUUAUCACACGUGAGAUUCACGUGGUGAACAAUACAUCAUCAUGGUUUAUCGACAGAAAGCCAACAACCCUGAAAACAGUGGAAGAGCAGAUUGCAGCCUUAAAUAUCCAAGUGGACAAUUUGUGCCAGUUUCUUCCUCAGGACAAAGUUGGAGAAUUUGCAAAACUGAGUAAGGUUGAGUUGCUUGAAGCCACUGAAAAAUCCAUUGGUCCUCCAGAAAUGUACCAAUUUCACUGUGAACUGAAAAACUUCAGAGAAAAGGAAAAAGAACUGGAGAACUUGUGCAGAGAGAAAGCUAAGUCUUUGGAGAAAAUGAGACAGAGGGUUGAACGAUACAAACAAGAUGUUGACAGAUUCCAUGAACGCAAGCAACAUCUAGACUUAAUUGCAAUGCUUGAGAGGAAAAGGCCUUGGGUGGAAUAUGAAAGUGUUCGUCAGCAGCAUGAGGAAGCGAAACAAAAGCGAGACCGAGCCAAGGAAGAACUGAAGAAUCUGAAGCAAAUGCAGUCCCCAGUGACAAAAAAAAUCCAAGAAAAUGAAGAAUAUUUGCAGAGUCUGGAUAUGAAAAUCAGAGAUAAGGCUACUGACAUCAAAGACAUUUCUCAAAAAUGUAAACAGAAGCAAGAUGCUUUGGAGAUGAAAGAUAAACAAAUUGAAGAAAUUCAGCAAGCCUUGAGAAUGAAAAAAGAUGAAGAAAUGGACAGACAGAGGAAAAUACACAACACUCACAGGAUGAUAGAGGACUGGAAGAAUGAGCUCGAUGCAAUGGGUGUCUGUGAGAAUCUUCAGCCACAAACUGAUGCUGUUAAUAAUGAGCUGAAAAAGUUACAGGAAGAGAGGGCAAAUAUCGAUAGUGAUAUCAGUGAUCUAAGAGCGGAGAAAAUGAACCAAGAGAGGGAAAAGAGAAGAAUAACUGAGCGCCUUGGACAACUUAAUAAUAUAAUGAAUAUGAAGGAAGAGAAUCUCAAAGGGAGAUUCAGAGACACACACACUGCUCUUAUAUGGCUAAGAGCGAACAAAGACAAGUUUAAAAAAAAAGUGUGUGAACCGAUGAUGCUUGAAAUCAAUAUGAAAGAUAAUAGGCAUGCUAAAUAUGUUGAAAAUCACAUUUCGACCAAUGAUAUGAAGGCGUUUGUUUUUGAGAGUCCAGAAGAUAUGGAAUCGUUUCUUGUGGAGAUGCGCGAUCAUCAGAAACUAAGAGUGAAUGCUGUAUGCGCACCUGCUGAAUCCUGUGCUGAAAGCUUACCUUCAAGACCUAUUGAAGAAUUACACCGAUAUGGAUUUUUCUCAUAUUUACGAGAAUUAUUUGAUGCUCCGUGUCCUGUCAUGAGUUAUCUUUGCUCCCAGUACCGUAUUCAUGAUGUCCCUGUGGGAACAGAGAAGACCAGAAUCAUGAUUGAAAGGGUCUUACAAGAAACCAAACUUAGGCAAAUAUAUACAGCAGAAGAAAAAUACAUCAAUAAAGUGUCUGCUUAUACAAACCGAACCUUCUCUACUAACACAUCCCUGAGGGCAGCACAGUUUCUUACUAGUUCAGUGGACACAGAUGAAAGAAGGCAGUUGGAAAACCAGGAACAGGACAUCAAUAACACAUUGAAGUCAUUGGAUAUGCGUUUGACUACAUUGUUUGAGAGACAGAAACAUCUAGAACACAGAGACAAUGAGCUCAGGCAACAGAAGAAGGAGCUUUUCGAGAGAGGAAACAGGAGGAGACAAUUGGAAUCAAAAAUUGGUGUCAAGUAUGACAGUUUAAGACAACUGGAACAAGAUGCUGUCGACCUAGAGAAGGAGUAUCAACAGGCAAAUGUAAAGAUCAAAGACUUAAAUGUCCAAAAAGCAAGACUUGUUACUGAAUUAAUGCAUGUCGUAAAGAAAUACAUAUCACUGAACAUUCUCAAAGCAGAUUUGGUCCUUCAGAGUGCUACAGUGGCUGCUGAGAAGAACAGACUAGAAUCAGAGUAUAAAGCAGCAGGUGAACAGCUAAGAGCUGCAGAGCAACAAGUUCAUGACCUGGAAGACAGGAAGCAAGUUCUUGCAGAGAACUGCAAGGAAUUGCUGAAAAGAGCUCAACAGGUCUGCAAACUGAGUCCGAAUCAACAUCUUCCAAAAGAAUUUCAAACUGCUUUUCAGGCUCUUCCGACCACACUGGAGGAAAUUGAUGCUUUUCUGAAUGAAGAGAAAACCAGGGCCUCCUGUUUCACAGGCCUGACUGCUUCGGUUGUUGAAGAAUAUGAUAAGCAGACACAAGAAAUACAGCAGUUGACAGAAUAUCUAGAGGAAAAGAAGAAAGAAUUGGAUAACUAUAAGCAAAAGAUUUCACAGGUCAAAGAAAAGUGGCUAAACCCCUUGAAAAAGCUGAUUGAGAAAAUUAAUGAGAGGUUCAGUAACUUCUUUAGUUCUAUGCAGUGUGUUGGUGAAGUGGAUCUUCAUGUGGAAAAUGAGGAGGAGUAUGACAAGUAUGGGAUUCGCAUUAGAGUCAAAUUCCACAGUAGCACGGCACUUCAUGAAUUGACUCCAUAUCAUCAGAGUGGAGGUGAGAAAAGUGUUUCCACUAUGCUGUACCUGAUGUCUCUACAGGAACUCAACAGAUGUCCUUUCAGAGUUGUAGAUGAAAUAAAUCAGGGAAUGGAUCCAGUGAAUGAGAGAAGAGUUUUUGACAUGGUUGUGAAAACUGCUUGUAAAGAAAGCACAUCUCAGUACUUCCUUAUUACACCAAAGCUCCUGCAGAAUCUCAAUUACAGUAACAAGAUGACGGUGUUGUUUGUCUACAAUGGACCUUUUAUGUUGGACGCAAACAGAUGGAACUUAAAGUCUUUCUGUAGGCGACGACGACGACUUGGAAGGAUGGAUGAACAGUGAUACGAGUAUACAUAUAGAUAUAUAUAAAAUAUAUAUAUAUAAUGUUUUUGUAGAACUUUUUGGAACAUCUGGCUUUCAAGCCUUCAGAAAUUGUGAAAGAUGAGAACCUGCAAAGAAUUGAUAAUCAGGAACUUUGAUUCUUAAAACUUGUGUAAAAGUAUAACAGGUUUGAAGUGCAUGAUUUUUUUUUUUUAAUCUUUCAUAGUGGCCUCUUUCUCCAAAUAACCUACUUUUUCACAAUAGUAGUUUUGAAUAGAAAGGAAGUUUCUUGUAUUUUGCUAUUUUAUCAGUAAGGUACAUCAGAAGUACAGUUAAUUUUUCUAGGUUAUACUGGACUAGUUCUGUCUGGGUUUUGUUUUGUUUUGUUUUGGGUUUUUUCCCAAAACUUUGAAUUUGCUUUUGGUAAAUACUGUACCCCUAACACAGUUAAGGAUGUUCUCCAAACUUUUCCUAUUGAAACGGAAACUUAUUGAAUGAAUGAAGAUGAUGUGUAGGAAGGGAAUGGCUUUUAAGUAGCCAGGCAUUGGUUUUUCUUUUAUGAAAACAUAACUGAAGUUAAUAUAAAGAAUAUACUAUUGUUAGAGUAAUAUACUUUAUUAUAGUAAUUUAUAAUUUUUUAGCUAAUGUUCUGUUUUCUUUUCCUGGAAGGAGAUGGUCUUUAUUUUUCUAGCAAGUCUCUCUCAGCAAGGAGACUGACAAAGGGACAGGUGUUUUUGAAAUUGUGAUCUAAUUAGCUGGCAGAAGUAAAUCUAAGCAAUAUAUAACUUUUUGUUGGAGGGUUUUUUUGAAGUAAAACUUGAUAAGUUUUUGGUGAUAGAUGAAGAAAAUAGUCCUGCUGAUUUCACAUGUAAGUUAAAGCCAGGAGGCUUUUUACAAGGCUUCAGCUGCAUUGGAGUGAUUGUAUACACAUGGCUUUUCAACAAAUGGACAUAAAAUUAAUUGGUGGGGUUUUGGCCAUAGCAGUUAAGCAUUUGAAAGUAGAUGUUAUCAACAGAAUGCUGAAUACCUAAAAUAAAGUCCUGGUUAUUUAGUUAACUAUUAAAAAAAUUAAACAAUACUGAAUUGUGGAAAGUAUGAUUUGUAAAUAAAUGGAAACUACGAUUAGUAUGUAAAAAUGAUUGAGUCCCAGGACACCAACAGAAAAAUGUCGUAUCCUCAUUUUCACUGGGGGGAGCAGCCGGCAGUAGAGUUUUAUGUAAGUUUUGGUGUCCAACUGAUUUUGAGUGGGAGUUUUUCUUAACAGUAUCCUGUCCAUGAAAUUUGCCAAUGCAACUGAUAUGUCAGGCUUUUUACAGUAAAGCGUUAUAUUUUGCA